AUGUCAUCAUUACCAACUUCAGAUGGGUUUAACCAUCCAGCCCAUUCUUCAGGACAGAGUCCUGAUGUUGGUAAUCCUAUGAGUCUUGCUCGCUCUGUCUCUGCUUCAGUCUGCCCUAUCAAGCCCAGUGACUCAGAUCGCAUUGAACCUAAAGCUGUGAAGGCUUUGAAGGCUUCAGCUGAAUUCCAGAUAAACUCUGAAAAGAAAGAACAUCUCUCUUUACAAGAUCUUUCUGAUCAUGCUUCCUCAGCAGAACAUGCUCCAAUAGACCAGAGUCCAGCUAUGCCUAUGCAGGAUUCAUCCGAAGAAACAACUGUUGCAGGUAAUCUGGAGAAAUCUGCUGAAAGAAGCACCCAGGGCCUCAAAUUUCAUCUCCUUACAAGACAGGAAGCUAGUUUAUCUGUCACAUCUACUAGGAUGCAUGAACCACAGAUGUUUAUAGGUGAAAAGGAUUGGCAUCCAGAAAAUCAGAACCUGAGUCAAGUGAGUGACCCUCAGCAGCACGAAGAACCAGGGAAUGAACAGUAUGAGGUUGCACAACAAAAAGCUUCACAUGACCAAGAAUAUCUUUGUAACAUAGGGGACCUUGAGCUUUGUGAAGAAAGGCAACAGAAUCAACACAAAAUUGUUGAUUUGGAAGCUACGAUGAAAGGAAAUGGGCUCCCACAGAAUGUGGAUCUUCCAAGUACGAAGAAAAGUAUUCCACCUUCAGGAUGCAGUGGCUGCUCAAAUUCAGAAACACUUAUGGAAAUAGAUAUAGCUGAACAGUCCCUAGUUACUGUGCUUAAUUCAACAGGCAGGCAGAAUGCCAAUGUCAAGAACAUUGGUGCAUUGGAUCUCACUUUAGAUAAUCCCUUGAUGGAAGUAGAAACAUCAAAAUGUAACCCUUCUUCUGAAAUUUUGAAUGAUUCCAUUUCCACUCAGGAUUUACAGCCCCCAGAAACUAAUGUUGAAAUAUCUGGAACAAAUAAAGAAUAUGGCCAUUACUCCUCUCCAAGUCUCUGUGGCAAUUGUCAGCCCUCUGUGGAGUCAGCAGAAGAAUCUUGCCCAUCUAUAACGGCAGCCUUGAAAGAACUUCAUGAACUUUUGGUUGUUAGCAGUAAACCAGCUUCAGAAAAUACAUCUGAAGAAGUAAUCUGUCAAUCAGAAACCAUAGCUGAGGGCCAAACCAGUAUUAAAGACCUUUCUGAAAGAUGGACCCAAAAUGAGCAUCUUACCCAGAAUGAACAGUGUCCACAAGUCUCCUUUCAUCAGGCCAUAUCUGUAUCAGUGGAGACAGAAAAAUUAACAGGUACUUCAUCUGACACUGGAAUAGAAGCUGUAGAAAAUGUAAACUUCAGGAGUCUAGGUGAUGGCCUGUCAACCGAUAAGGAAGGUGUCCCCAAAUCUAGGGAAUCCAUAAACAGGAACAGUUCUGUCACUGUAACCUCAGCUAAAACAUCUAAUCAGUUACACUGCACCUUAGGUGUAGAAAUUUCACCCAAACUUUUAGCAGGUGAGGAGGAUGCACUCAAUCAGACUUCUGAGCAAACUAAGUCUUUGUCAUCCAAUUUCAUAUUGGUUAAAGACUUAGGUCAGGGCAUACAGAAUUCAGUAACAGACAGGCCUGGAACCAGAGAAAAUGUCUGUCCUGAAGCUUCGAGGCCGUUACUUGAAUAUGAACCACCUACCAGCCAUCCAUCAUCAAGUCCUGCCAUUCUUCCACCAUUGAUUUUUCCUGCCGCAGAUAUUGACCGGAUUAUCCGUGCUGGCUUUACUUUGCAGGAAGCUCUUGGAGCUUUGCAUCGAGUUGGUGGGAAUGCAGACCUUGCACUUCUUGUUUUGCUCGCAAAAAACAUCAUAGUUCCUACAUGACUAUGGGAAAGUGGGCUAGACCGUUCUCCAUUCCCUUUAAACAAAAGAAAGCUCUGUCUCUAUACAUGCACACAUACACACUCACCACAUAUACAGUAUAUAUAGAAACCUGUAAGCAGAAUGUUGAGCCAGAUUUUUUUUAAAGAUUUUUUUCGGCCAAAGUAAUUUAUGAUCUCUUGUCUCAUGAAUUUGUCUAUCCUACUUGUUAAAAUUUAGGCCUUUUUUAAUGUAUUGGCAGUAUGUGCAUACAAAAGCUUUUUAUUCUCAUUAAGAUGUAUCCUGGAAUAAAAUGGAUGGUUUUGUGUAUAGCAUACUGUUUUAGAAUGAGAGUAAAUGCUUUGAAAAGCAGAAGCCAUGACAAAUCCCACUACCCAUCCAGCUAAAAACAGAUGAACUCUCCACACUGUGACUGUGAGUCUGUGCUGAUGGCAAGGUAUGGCUUGCUGGCUCUGUUGUCAAUUUAGAAACUUUUGACCACAUAGUUUGGUGUUUGGAAUUCUACCCAGUGCUCUGUGUAUCAUGAUUCAUUAAUUAUAACAGGAAAUUGGAGAAUAAUUGAAUAUCUUAUCGUAGAGUGGUAUGUUUUUAUUUGUGUGCUUAGGAUUUGACAUCUUAAUAGGGCGAGCAGGAGGGUUUAAAUCUUGGGCUACUUUGUGCAUUGCAGGCUGCUGCAUGGAUUGCCAUGAAUCCUUAUUACAUUGGAUGGGAUAUUGUUGGGGAGUUACAAUGUGAGUGAAACAUGGUGCUACCCAGAUUUUUAAAAGAACAGAACAACCAUAAUUCCAUUUGCAGAUGUCAAGAACUGUGAGGGAAAAAUAAUGGCCUAAACACUGGAAUUUGCCAGAGUUUGGGUUUGCUAGCAUCUCACUGAUAACACCUCAACCCUUAAUGACUAAUGAUGGACUUAAGUUCAGGAAUGGAUUGAUUGCCAGCAGCUUAUUUCCUUUCUAGACUCUUCUGCCAGGAAGUUCUUCAAACACUCAGUGUGAGCUGUGAUCUGAGUGAAAUACUAAGUGUGAUAACCUGUCACUGGUUAAUCUUGGUGCUUGGAACAGUCAGUCUAUUUGGAGAGUGUCCUUUGUGGCAGUGGAAAUAGUAAUUACAGUUUCUGACUUAAGUGGCCUUGGUAGAGUUUUCCAUCCUUUUCUUUCCUCAGGAGUUUCUUUUUUAAGCAAAAUUCAUCUUAUUUGUGUUUACCAUGUCAAGUUAGAGUGGGGCAUAAUAUAUAGAUGUAUUUAUUGUGGCCUUUUUUUAUAUAAGGACUAGCCCUUGGAAAUCAUUGUCCUGUGGGCCCCACUGUGCAAUAAUCCUACUGGAUAGGUUUUAGAUAAUUCUUUCCUGGCAGACUGCUCUUUUGGGUACCUAGCAGGAAUCUGAAAUCUUGGUUUUAUUGAAAAGAAUUUUGAGAUUCAUAAUUUCUGAUUCUAGAUUAUAGUUUGUAACAUGUUCGAAACAGAAGCUUCGAAAGAGUGAUUUCUCAACUUAGUGUUAAAUGAUUUUGUCUGAAGUCUGACUCUUUGUAAGCUUGUUCGUUUCAUCAAAUUUUAAGUCAUUGAGCACAAUCAAAAUGGAGACUCAUAUCUCAGGAGUUUUUGAAAUUUUAAUUUAGGGGCACUUAGAGACAUUUUUUUCUACCCCAUCCAACUUCUUUCUUUCCUUUUGCUAUGAUGUUUGUAUGUAUGUUGUAAGACUUUAGUGACGGGAUGGCGUGUCACGUAGAUUCAUCAUGAUCCUUUAUGUAGUUAGGAAAUGGUUGACAGAAGGAGUUGUAGUUUACUGCUUUUCAGAGGGCGCUAAGAACAAUAGGUCAGCCAGGUUGUCUUUAAGAUGUUCUUUCAGACAGCUGCACAUUGUAGACCCUUUCACCUGCCCUACACCAAAGAUGUACAAUGCACUAGGAAACUGCUCAUAGGAUUUCUGUCAACUGACUUAAAGCUGUGAUUGUAAUUAAAUAGUUGGUGCUAUGAUUGAUGCAAAAUCUAGUAGCAAUGCAAUAGGACCCUGUAUUUGCUUUAUGGGUGGUGGUUUGGGAAUGUAUUCUAAGCGUAUAAAUCUUUGGAACCACGGGGUGGGAAGGGUGGGGGAACUUACUGAUGAUAAUAGACUCCCUCCUAAAGGGCCUUCCGUGUAAGCAGAAUGAACCUUCGCACACAAUUCAGUGUGAAGAUUUGGGAAACAGUUCCAGGUGGAAUAUAUAAUAUCAGUAGGGAAAAGAUUUCAUUAGGAUAGCUUUUUGUGUAUGUAUAUGUAUAUUUAUUUUUAGGAAUAGAUCUAUAGUUGUACAUGAAUUCCUGUUAGGAAUACUUUGAAUGAGCUUAACCCACUUGCCAAAUAUCCUUGUCCCUUCCAUCAUUUUAUUUUUGAGAUGGGGUCUUGCAGUGUUGCCCAGGCUGGACUCAAACUCUAGGGCUCAAUCAUCUUUCUGAGUAGCUGGGACUACAUAAAGCCCAAUAUAUAAUUGCUUUUGAUUUUUAAAAUCUUCUUGCCCAUCAUUUUUAUAAAAAUUAAGCUGUUUGGCCAACACGGUGAAGCCUCAUCUCUACUAAAAAUACAAAAAAUUAGCUAGGCAUGGUGGCACACGCCUGUAAUCCCAGCUACUUGGGAGACUCAGGCGGGAGAGUUGCUUGAACCCGGGAGAUGCGGGUUGCAGUGAGCCUAGAUCGCGCCACUGCACUCCAGCGUGGGCAGCAGAGCGAGACUCUGUCUCACCAAAAAAAAAAAAAAGCUAUUGACACUAUUAAUAUUUUGGAUGACUUAAAUGUAGCAGCUCUAGAAUGCAAAGGGUAUAUUAAGGAGCAUUACAAUAAUGAACCUUCAUUGUCAGCUUUUAUUCAAUUAAGAGCUCCAGAAAUGCAGAAAUUGUGGGUUAGCUUCUAAGAAUACCAUCAAAUCCUUGUGAAUUCUGGUUGCCAACAGUAAUAACCAGUAAUGGGCACCUUUACUGGACAGCUCCUUUACCAUAACCAGUAGUGGGCAGUUCUGUGGUCAGCACUUAACUACAAGGGUGGUCUCUGUUUCUUCACCAGAGAGAAGAUUUUCCUGUGUAAUUUGUGCCAUUUCCCUGAAGUUGGUUCCUGAGCAGAAAGAUGUGCUUGGUAACCAGACAGCAGCUUUACACAGGUUAUAGAUUUUGCUCAUUAAUGCUGUUAAGAAUUAUUUCCGGCCGGGCGUGGUGGCUCAAGCCUGUAAUCCCAGCACUUCGGGAGGCCGAGGCGGGCGGAUCACGAGGUCAGGAUAUCGAGGCCAUCCUGGCUAACACGGUGAAACCCCGUCUCUACUAAAAAUACAAAAAAUUAGCCGGGCAUGUUGGCGGGCGCCUGUAGUCCCAGCUACUCGGGAGGCUGAGCCAGGAGAAUGGCGUGAACCCGGGAGGCGGAGCUUGCAGUGAGCCGAGAUCGCGCCACUGCACUCCAGCCUGGGUGACAGAGCAAGACUCCGUCUGAAAAAAAAAAAAAGAAUUAUUUCCACUCAUACCUGUUCAGGGCUCCAGACAGCCAAUAGCCUUCAUCCCACAGUUUGGGCUUCAGCUAUUAACACAUAAAGAUAACCAGUUGCAGCUGGGCAUGGUGGCUCACGCCUGUAAUCCCAGCACUUUGGGAAGCCAAGGCGGGUGGAUCACCUGAGGGCAGGAGUUUGAGACAGGCCUGGCCAACAUGGUGAAUGAAACUCUGUCUCUACUAAAAAUACAAAAAUUAGCCGGGUGUGGUGGCGCAUGCCUGUAAUUCCAGCUACUCGGGAGGCUGAGGCAGGAGAAUCACUUAAACCUGGGAGGCGGAGGUUGCGGUGAGCAGAGAUCACGCCAUUGCACUCCAGCCUGAGCAACAAGAGCGAAACUCCGUCUCAAAAAAAAAAAAAAAAAAAAAGAUAACCAGUUGCUUGGCAAAGGAAGCUGGAGAGAUGGUGAGUGCAUGUGUUAAAACUCUUCUGCCUUGCAGCCCAUAUCUUCUAGAGCUCCCUGUCUUCAUAUGUACUAAAGGGAGACACAACCCUAUGUGUUUUUUCCCAAAGCAUGUCUCUAGCAAGAGGUACAUAGAAAUGGAAUAUGAGGCUUUGUGUCACUGAUUUUAUGAUAACCAGUUAAUGUGGAAUCUGCUGGUUGUCUUACUACAGCGUUCUGUCUCUGGUGAAAGCCAUAAAAAUUUAGGUUAACUUUUAAGCUCAUGUCUAUAUAUAUAUGUGUAAGCUAGCAUAUACAUAUGGUGAUUGACAAAUAUAGUUAAUUUUAUAUAGAUUUAAAAGCAAGCGAUUUUUAUAUCUACAGACGUACUCUUCACUUAUGGUGGCUUUUAUCCCACCACAUAUAUAAAUAUAUAUAUAUAUAUAUAGCAAAUAGCCUUGCAAAUCAUUGGCCAGAAAAGCUGCAGGGCGUUGCAAUGGCCUUUUCCUACCUGUUUGCCACCUGUGGUGAGGGUGAGCAGGAUGAUUGAACUGCUGCAUAUUUCAAACCUGUUAUCACUGGCAGUGUGUCCCAAGAGAAGCUGACCAGAUUAUGCAUUCUACUGUUCUCUAGCACAAAUACUCACCAAAAAGCCAAAUUUCCCCUUUGGAUUUGGUAACUUAGUGUAGUCUGUGGCUGACCUAGAAAGACACAGAGUUAUCAAGAGUUUCCCUUCCUAGAAGAUGAAUGUUACCUUUUGUGUUAGGAGGUAGAGAAAAUAAAAAUAGCUUUUUUUUUCUAGGAUUCUAUUCCUCUUAACAACAAAGUAAAUUCAAAGCCUGUCCUUGAGAACUGGAAAUGUAAAAUCAUGGUUCAAGUUUUAUACCUUAGUGAUUCCUCAGUAGGUGUUACUAGGAGUUCACUGAAUGAACUUAGGAGUGAACCUUCGAUGUGCUUGAUUUUCUUUUGUGCCUUAGUUUCUCUGAAUAGCAGAGGCAUCAAAUUUUGGUAGGGAAUGGGAGGAGUAUUAGGGGAAAGUUUGAAAAUAGCUCUCCUGGAGAUGGAGGGCACACAGAGUGGUCCUCAGGCUCACCUUGGCUGAGUUGAUUCACAUCCUGCAUCAGACCAUUAGAUUUCUUUAGUGCUAGGAUUAUAAUAGGGAUUUUUGCAUCACCAAAAACAGUUUUUAGAUGUUUAUGUUCUUUUUUGUACUAUCAGUGUUGUGCUGGUUAAGGGAGAGAAAAGUUCAAGAAAAUCUUACAUAUUUGGAAGGAAAUUGGUACUCUUGAAGGCUAUGCAACAUGAGUCUUUGAACAAGAAUUCCUUGCUACUUUGAUUCAUUCAUCAAAUAUUGAGUGCCUAUGUGCCAGGCACAGGUGACCUCUGGGGAUUCAGGGGUAACUAAAACAGAUUGGAGUCCUGCCCUCCUGAAGCUUUCAGUCUAAAAGGGAAACAUGAAACAAAUUUUAGCUUCAAAAGCAACAUCUGUUUUUGCCUGUUAGCAUGCAUUUAUUUUAAAAGUCAUAUUAGAGUUAAUUGGUUCCGCUUCAGAGCAGACUGGGCAAAUCAGGCUUACAAUGGAAUCAGAUGCUGUGGGCCUAAAACAGCUCUUUAAAAAUCUGUUUUUUUAGGCCAGGUGCAGUGGCUCACACCUGUAAUCACUUUGGGAGGCCAAGGUGGGUGGAUACAAGGUCAGGAGUUCGAGACCAGCCUGGCCAAUACGGUGAAACCUUACCUCUACUAAAAAUAAAAAAUUCGCAGGGCAUGGUGGCACAUGCCUGUAGUCCCAGCUACUCGGGAAACUGAGGCAGAAGAAUUGCUUGAACCCGGGAGGUGGAGGUUGCAGUGAGCUGAGAUGACGCCACUGUACUCCAGCCUGGGCAAGAGCGAGACACCGUCUCAAAAAAAAAAAAAAAUCAAUUUUUAAAAAAAUGGUGUCAGGCAAACCAACAAAAAAAUGUAACAUGUAUAAAUGCCUGAGGAGAUCAGUUAUUGAGAAAUCCAUUUACAAUGCUGGAGGAGAGGGGAUGGCCAGGAAAGAAGUGCAACAAAUAAAUGGAAGAUGACCCUAAAAAUGCACCAGUGACAGUCAAUCCAUCAGACCACCUCACAUGCAGGGUAGAAACAUGGAGUGUGCUGCAGCAUCCUCCUCGCAUCCCUUUGUGAGCACGGCUGCUCCGGAAUACUGACCAUCUGGGCUAGCACGACUUAGCAGAGGGUUCUGCAGGAUGUGCUAUUUUAAAGCAGCUGGGUGCAACUUGUGAAAACGGGAAUCUAGAGCAGAACAUGUAACCAGUGAUGGCUGGGAUUGGUGGACAGGAUUGACAGGAGUAUUUGAGGCUCUACCAGGCCUGUCUACCGGACAGCUUAAUCAAAGGGACAUUUUUUAACCUGUUAUUUUAAAUGCCACAUAUAUGUUGUAAUCCUGAAGCAUACAGGUAGAAUUUCUGGAUCGUACCUACUAGUGACUUCUGAGGUUUACGUUUAUCAGUUAUGUAUUGAUGAUUGGUAAUCUAGACCCUCUGGAGGCUGUAGAAUGUGAAAGGAUGCAGCUGACAAGUUUUAGGGCACUAUCUUCUGGAAUGAAAUCUGCCAAGAAAAUGGUUCAAGGGCAUGGGGGUUAGAGAAUGUUUCUUUUACCUAAAAACGUUAAGCCAACUGUGGAAGAUUGGGGUCGUGGGGGCAUGAAAUACAAAACUAUGAUAAUUUAUACAGAACUAGGUUUCUUUAUGUUCUGUAAGAAGGUUUUCAUUAGCUAAUUUGGGGCAGGGGGCAUGCUGCAGUAUUUUUUUUCCUAGGAACAUGCAUUUCUGAUGGGAAGUUAUUUUGUUUACAAGAGUUGGUUUUACACACAACCCUGAAUGAAUGUGUCUGUGGCCUAAAAAUGGUAGACCUGUAUUUCCUUCCAGAGGCAGGCUGAUUGAUUUCCUGAUUCCUUCUGUCUGGGAUUACCUGAUGCUGACCAGACUUAUUUUUCCUUUCCUGAAUCUUCACAGCUGAGUUUUUGCCACCCAUCCAAGACCUUUCCAUUUGAAUGACUAGAUUUCCAUUCUAUCCCCUGAUCAUCCUUUUGAAAUAGUUCUAGUGAUAAACUCAGAGAAAUUCGAUAUAUUGAUUGAAUUUUAUUUUUUCGCUUUGAAUCUGCAACAAAAAUUGAUUUGUUCAUUUUUAUUCCAAAUCUCAUCUUCGUGGCAAGUUGGGCUAAUGGACUUUGCACUCAAGAAAGGUUUGUUUACCAGUUUUGUAGCCAUGUUUGGCAAAUCUUAGCAAAUAGAAACCCCAUCCUUUCUUUUCCUUCUUUAUAUGUUCUUGCAGUUACUCUUGUAUUGCAAGAUUUUCUGACUUUAAGCUUUGAGGCUACCGCAUCUUAAAAGAAGAACUAGGCUGACUGGCAAAAAGUCUUGCCGGUGGCCCUGUUACUCCCAUGAUGCUUUGGUUUUGAGAGUUGGGAAAACUCUGAGAACUUAAGGGAACCAAACUCAGGAAUCCCAAAAUUGGUGGCAUUGUGCCAUUCGUUUAGGGGCUGAACAUAGGACCUGUCUGAAACUGAGUGAGCUAGAUGCAUUUGGGUUUGAAUUUUUGUCACAUACUGAAAUGUAAGUCAGCCCUAAAUAAUCAAAACACUUUAUUUUAUUUUUUUUAAUAGGAACUUUCUGAAGAAAAAGUGGUGUGUAAAACAUUUGAUAUUUAAGACAAUAAAGUUUUUAUCAUAAGA